UUCGAAUUAAAAUUAAUAUUAAUUUUGUACGCAGCUAUUUUUACAAGGACAAUCACAUGCUCGAAUUUAUUUCGAUGAAAAGGAAAAAGAAAAAAGAAAAAAAAAGAAAAAAAAAAGAGAAAAAAAAAGAAGAGAAAGAAAGAAAAAAUAAGGCAGACCUUGAAAUAUAUUUCAGCGUUAUUUAUUAAGUUGUUAAAAUGCAAAAUGAAAUAAUGUAAAUAACGAUAAUAUACAUUAUAACUGUGUAAGAGGAUUAAUUUAAAUGUUAAACUUAAACGUCAUAUUAAUUAAGUUGCUAUCAGUGUCACGUCAACGUAUAAAUUAGGGAAUUCUUAUUUUUUAAUUGGAAAUUACGAAUUAAUAAUAAUUUACAUCACGUGCAUUUGACAUAGUUGAUAUAUGUCGAAAGUCCAACUUUCUUAAUUAUAGAAGUUAUUGAAGGAGAGAUAAGAUUUUUGAAUUCUUACGACAUGUCAUAAAUUAGAGCUAAUUCAAAAUCUAAGAUAUUAAUAAUCGAUUAUCAUUCAAACUUUUCAUGAUCAAUGAUUUCAUAAUUUUUCCUUUUAAUAUUUCAUCAUCGUAUUUAUACAAUAUUAUAAUGACGUAAUCACAACAAGCGUUAGCAUCAUCGUCGUCUGGCUUGUAUGUAUAUUUAAUACCAAAGAUACAUAGCUCCUACAUAUUAUUACAUUACACGGUUCAGUAAGGACUACAGCAAUUACCUAAUAAUCAUUUAAAAACAACGUGUACAUUUCUUAAGUGACAGUUAUGUUAUAAUAAAUUCUUUAUUCUAAGAAUGUAUUUAAAAAGAUAUAUUUAUACUAACCUCAAACGAAUAUUAGAAUAUUUUUUAUAUUACAUUAUGCAGUAACAUAGAAAAGGAGUACUGUUUACUUGAUCAUUUAAUUGUCGGAUCAGUGAGAACAAAAGGGUUAGGAUGUAUAAAACUCUGAUAUGAUUGAUUAAAGAUUAUAAAAAAUGUUGACAAAAUGGUUACCCAAUUUUAUUUUGGCGGUUGCCGUCAGAUUUUUAUUGAUGAAUUCUGAAUAUCAAAAAGUCAUUAGCGAACGUGUAGAAGUGUCAACAGCAUUGAAUUCUUGGAAAAGAGUCACCGAAGGAGUUUAUCUACACAAUUUUGGUAUAGAUCCUUACUCGGGUGAUUUAUUCCAUGAAACUCCUAUAUGUCUAUAUGUGUUUGAUAUUAUACAACGAUAUUUCCCAUGGUGGGCAUUCUGUCUCCUAUUUGUAGUCGCUGAUUUAAUAACAUCAUUGUGCCUUGCUUAUGUAGGUAAUAGUUAUGCCAAUAGUCAGUGUUCAAAGAAAGAAAAUAAAAAAGAAGAUGUAUCACAAGAAAAAGUUAAUGGUACUUUUACAGAAACUGAUUCAGCAUUGUACGUUUUAAUGGCCUAUUUAUUCAAUCCAUAUAUAAUACUAAAUUGUGUUGGAUUCACAACUACAGUAUUUAGUAAUUUAUUGCAUUCUAUAGCAUUAGUAGCUAUGAUACGACAUUCAAUUUUUUGGAGUUGUAUUUCUAUAGCUUUAUUAACAUUGCAAAAUCUUUAUCCUAUAUCGCUCUUAGUACCAAUUGCUAUUUACAUAUGUAAUGAUAAAUCAGAGAAAAAUGUAAAAUCUACAAUUAUCAUUAUUAUUAUUACAUUUCUUUCUAUGUUCACAUUAUUACUUGGUAUUUGUUAUUACAUUAUGGGCAGUUGGUCUUUCAUUUGGAAUAUUUUUGGAUUUAUUUUAUUGGUACCAGAUUUACGUCCAAACAUUGGACUCUAUUGGUACUUCCUUACAGAAAUGUUUGAACAUUUCAGAUCACUUUUCAUAGCUUCAUUUCAAAUUAAUGUUAGUUUGUUGUACAUAGUACCAUUAGCUUUAAGAUUACGACGUGAGCCAGUAUUAUUGGCAUUCUCCUAUUUAGCCAUAAUGACUAUAUUUAAGUCAUAUCCAUGUGUAGGAGAUGUCGGAUUUUAUGUAUCAUUGUUACCAUUUUGGAUGCAUUUGUUUCAACAUAUGCAACAAGGAUUUGUAAUUGGUUGUUUUAUAUUGGUUUGUACUGGUUUUGCGCCAAUCGUUUGGCAUCAAUGGAUAUAUGCCAGAUCAGCUAAUGCAAAUUUUUAUUUUGGCGUUACAUUGGCAUUUGCCGUAGCACAAAUAUUUCUUUUAACAGACAUUCUUUUUGCAAGCGUUAAAUAUGAAUUUGCAUCGCGACACAAUAUUAAUAAAGAUAUCAGUGGAAGUAAAGCUAAAUUACUUUUAGAGUGAGUUCAAUGUUUUACAUGUUAAAUAUAAAUAAUAUUUUACAUUAUCACAAAAUUGAUUAUGGCCAAAAUGCAUUGUUUUAUAAAUAAAUUAUUAAGAAAACAAUGUUCAAUAA